AUGGGAAGUACUGGAAAAACUAACUAUGGAGAAUACACCUAUGAGAAUCUUGAGAGAGAGCCUUAUUGGCCAUCAGAGAAGCUGAAAAUUUCCAUCACUGGUGCUGGGGGUUUUAUUGCGUCGCAUUUAGCGCGGCGCCUCAAGACCGAGGGGCAUUACAUUAUUGCUUCUGAUUGGAAGAAAAAUGAGCACAUGACUGAGGAUAUGUUCUGUGAUGAGUUCCAUCUUGUUGAUCUUAGGGUUAUGGAUAACUGUCUUACGGUUACCAAAGGGGUUGACCAUGUUUUUAAUCUUGCUGCGGAUAUGGGUGGGAUGGGUUUUAUUCAGUCGAAUCAUUCGGUUAUUAUGUAUAACAAUACUAUGAUUAGUUUUAACAUGAUUGAAGCUGCUAGGAUUAACGGCAUUAAGAGGUUUUUUUAUGCCUCCAGUGCUUGUAUCUACCCUGAAUUUAAACAGUUGGAAACUACUAAUGUGAGCUUGAAGGAGUCUGAUGCAUGGCCUGCUGAGCCACAAGAUGCGUAUGGGCUUGAGAAGCUUGCAACCGAGGAGAUAUGCAAGCACUAUAACAAAGAUUUUGGAAUUGAGUGCCGCAUUGGAAGGUUCCAUAACAUAUAUGGUCCUUUUGGUACAUGGAAAGGUGGAAGGGAGAAGGCUCCUGCUGCAUUUUGUCGGAAAGCGAUCACAUCUACUGACAAAUUUGAGAUGUGGGGAGAUGGUUUGCAAACACGAUCGUUCACAUUCAUUGAUGAGUGUGUUGAAGGUGUACUUCGACUGACUAAAUCCGACUUCCGUGAGCCGGUAAACAUUGGAAGUGAUGAAAUGGUCAGCAUGAAUGAGAUGGCUGAGAUCGUUCUUGGUUUUGAUGACAAGAAAACUCCUAUACAUCACAUUCCAGGCCCAGAGGGUGUUCGUGGCCGAAACUCAGACAAUACACUUAUCAAAGAGAAACUUGGCUGGGCUCCAACAAUGAAGUUGAAGGAUGGACUGAGGAUUACUUACAUCUGGAUUAAGGAACAGCUCGAGAAGGAAGCGGCUAAAGGUAUCGAUACAUCAGGAUACGGGUCAUCAAAAGUGGUGCAAACCCAAGCUCCAGUGCAGUUAGGCUCACUUCGUGCAGCUGACGGCAAAGAAGGAAGUAGUUAA